CUUCCAGGGUGGGUGGUGGGACCGGCUGGGGGGGCGUGAGGCCCCGCAGGGCGCAGGCAGGAGCUGGCGCUGCUGCGGGCCGCCCUUGCUGGACGCGGGCUGGCGGCAGCAGCGGUGGCCGGGGCCCCACGGCAGGGCGUCCCCAGCCGCGCCGUGGGGCCAGGCGUGGGUGGGAGCGGGUGCACCCCGGGGAGGAAUGUGGGCUGGGAGGGGCCGCGGCUCCCGGCACCAGCACCCGCGCCACAGCCACCGCUCCGCCAGCAGCCGCCACCCAGCAUGGCCGAGAAACCCCAAAUCCAGCUCUUCGUCAAGGCAAGCGAGGAUGGGGAGAGCGUGGGCCACUGCCCCUUCUGCCAGCGGCUCUUCAUGGUGCUGCUGCUCAAAGGGGUGCCCUUCACCCUCACCACCGUGGAUGUGAAGAGGGCGCUGGACGUGCUGAAGGGCUUCGCGCCAGGUGCCCAGCUGCCUGUUCUGCUCUACAAUGACGAGCCCAAGACCGACACCGUCACCAUCGAGGACUUCCUGGAGGACAAGCUGGGCCCCCCCAUGUUCCCCAGCCUGGUCCCGCGGUACAGGGAGUCGAGCCUGGCCGGGAACGACAUCUUCCACAAGUUCUCCACUUUCAUCAAGAACCCGGUGCCUGCUCAGGAUGAGGCGCUGCAGCGGAGCCUGCUGCGGGCCCUGCUGAAGCUGGACGAGUACCUGAGCGCCCCGCUGGAGUACGAGCUGGCCCAUGACCCCCACCUUCGGGCUUCCCGGCGCCGCUUCCUCGACGGGGACCAGCUCACGUUAGCCGACUGCAACCUGCUGCCCAAGCUCAACAUCGUUCAGGUCGUGUGCCAGCAUUACCGCCGCUUCGGGAUCCCCAAGGACCUGCGGGGCGUGUGGCGCUACCUCAACAGCGCCAACGAAACCAAGGAGUUCAAAUACACCUGCCCCAACAGCGAGGAGAUCAUACAAGCCUAUCGCUCCGUGGUCCGGUCGCCGCAGUGAGCCGGGCACACGCCCAGGUGGGCGCAGGGCCAGUGUCGGGCAGCAGGCCAGCACCCACCCCGGUCCUGCUGCGACCGCCGCAGUCCUGCCUGCAUGCGCUCGGGAGAGCAGAGACUAUGAGCUAUGCCCCUGGCACCCAAAUUCCCCCAGCUGGCACCCCUGCCCGAGGUGCCAGCAGCAAUCCGUGUCACGAUGAGCUCGUAAACGCGUUCUCACCUCUUGUGCCACCCUUCCUGCCUGGCCAGGACCCUUUCAACCUGCCCUGCGGUCCCUCAAGCAUCAGGACGGAUGCAAGGGCACCCUCUGUACCAACGGUGCGUGAUGCUGAGGGCAAGGGCAGGGGCUGGGGAGGAAAAGCUGCCCAGAGCAGGGGGCUGCAGGGCACAGAGAGGGCAGCGCACUGCAGUGGGCAUUGCUGCACACCAUGCCAACCUGCCAGGUGAGCAUCCCCAGGCAGGGCUGUGCCAGGCACCGCGGGAUGCCCCCGAGGAGCUGCGCCAGUGAGGGGAACCAGCACAGCCCCACAGAGCCCUGGGAAUGGAGCCGGGGGGGGUGGCACAGGUGGUGGACACAGCCUGGCCCCCAGCACCCUGGGUGAGGGGAGCGGACGGCACUGCGCCCCCCCCCACCCCGAACCCACCCUUAGGAAGCUCUCAGGAGCAGAUUUGGGAGAGGGAU